GACAUCACCGUGAUAUCUGGCGGGACGGCAACCAACCACAUCCUCGACGCGUUCCACCCCGACGACGGCUACACCGUCACCUACGUGCUGCCUGUGUCCGACAACGGCGGGUCCAGCUCAGAGAUCCUCCGCGUGCUGGGCGGGUGUGCCAUCGGUGACAUCCGCUCCCGGCUUGUGCGCCUGAUUCCCUCCGACCACCACGCCUGCGGCAUCCGGGGGGUCCGCGACCUGCUCAGCUACCGCCUGCCGCUGGGCACCCACCAGGCCAAGUACGAGUGGUCCCAGCUGGUGGACGGCACGCACCCCAUCUGGGGCCCCGUCGACAGCGCCCUCAAGGUGCUGCUGCUGUCCUUCCUCAUCCACGUGGACAUGGAGAUCCACAAGCGCGCCCGCCUGGCCUUCCGCUUCGAGCUGGCCAGCGUGGGCAACCUGUUUCUCACGGGCGCCCGCCUGUUUUUCGGCGACCUGGACUCUGCCAUCGAGCUCAUCUGCCGCGUGUGCCGGCUCCACGAGCACGUCAGUGUGUGCGGCUGCCUCAACACCAACUUCACCUACCACAUCGCCGCCAUCCUCUGCAGCGGCGAAGUCAUCCGCGGCCAGAGCCAGAUCUCGCACCCGUCGCCGGCCCCGGCCGUGGGCCCGGCCGCAGACCCGGGCCAGCGGCCCCCCCGCGCGCAGCACAACCGCUCCGUGGAGGAUCUCGUCGGCUCGUCGCUCGCGCACCCGGCCCCCGCCUCCGACGACCCCAUCCACCCGUCCCUCGGCCGCUCCCAGCUCCACUUCGAGAAGGACGACCGCAACGUGCCCCCGCUCCCAAGCCCCAUUGCGCGCCUCAUCUACAUCUCCCCCUACGGCGAGGAGAUCCACCCGCGCGCCAGCCCGCGCACGCUUGCCGCCCUUGCCCGCAGCGACGCCAUCGUCUACAGCAUCGGCUCGCUCUGGACCAGCGUCGUGCCCGUGCUGCUGCUCCGCGGCGUGGGCGAGCAGGUGGUGCGCCGCCGCCCGCGCGGCCAGCCGCCCGUGCGCAAGGUGCUGCUGCUCAACAGCGACUCCGACCGUGAGACCCGCGGGCUCGACGGCGCGGGCUUCGUGCGCGUCGUGGUGGCCGCCGUCGAGUACUCGCUCGCGGGC